AUGGUAACAGGAGAUCAACCGCCAACAGCUGGUGCAAUAGCUAAAUCGAUUGGAAUCAUCACAGGAAAGACAGUAGACGAUUUGUUAGAAGAAAACCCAUGA